AUGCCAAAAACAAAGCAUGUCAUGUCAUCAUAUGUGAAAACAACUGGUAUUGUUGAAACAGAGUGCAUUUAUAGAAAUAAUAGAAUUAGAGUUUUUGAUACAGGUGGCCAGAGGAAUGAACGUAAAAAGUGGGUUCACUUAUUUGGAGCAACAAGUGGAAUAAUUUUCAUCGUCUCACUUUCAGAAUAUAAUCAAGUUUGUUACGAAGAUGAUCGAUCGAAUAGAAUGAAGGAAAGUUUGCUCUUAUUUGAGGAAAUUGUCAAUGCAUCAUGUUUUGAGAAUGUACCAAUAUUUCUAGUGUUCAACAAGAAGGAUGUUUUUCUUCACAAAAUUCAAUAUUUUGACAUUAGUGAAGCAUUUGAUGAU